UCAAUUGUCGAUAGGUGUUUGUUUGCUUCACAUCAAUAAUAGCAGAGAAAAAUUCGUGAAUUUGUCCAUUACAUAUUUUUGAUUUAGCUACGUAUGAUGAUUUACGGUAUUUGAAGUAAAUAAUAUCAUUAAGAUUUUUUUUCACUGUACUCCAUGAAGAGCGAAUUUUAUGAAAAUUGAUUGCAAUCGUUGAUUUUGAGUAAAAGGGUCAUCAUAUCAUAUAUUCAGUCUGGAAAAUGUCCAAAAACGAAAAGUUCUCAUUUCAAACCACAGUGUUUGCUUUGGCAAGGGUGCUAGCAAAAAUUAAACCUACUCCUUGGGAAAAGGUCAACCUUUUGUUUUCUCACUGUCCUCGAGAAAAUGCUGCUGGUGUAUUUUGUCUAGAUUCUAAAGCACAAGAUGGUGUACUGGCAUUGGGAAUAUACUUUUUAGAAAGUGGGUGCCAACAUCACGAACAAAUUGUCCCGUAUUUAAUAAAACUUGUGAGGUCAUUAACUAAAGUUGUUUGGAUUGAUGAUGUUGUUGUCAGGAACUAUUCAGGAAAAAUUCCAGCGGCAGAACGCUUUACUUUCUGCGUCAACACACUCUUAUCCGACAUAGCUGUUCAUCUUCCAAUGUAUAAAAAUGAAAUAAUUCAGAGUCAAGUUGAAACUUUGGGAGUAGUUGCAAAUUUAGUUAAAACUAGCAAAGACAAUAGUGCGAUACAAUCGAUAAUUUUGUGUAAAGCCAUUGUUCCUAUUUUGCUUGGGUUAGGCAGAUCAAUUAGUCGAUUUGCAGGAAUAGAUGAAAAGCCUUUGCUGUGCAGAUUAUUUCCUAGAGUUGAUUGCUACAAUCUACCAAAUGAAAAUAGUUUAUAUCAAGUAACGGUAAAUUCCCAGAGACAUUGCAGCUUGAACCACUUUCGAUCAAUCGUUCCAAGAUCACUUUCUGGAAGUCUAAGCAUUGAUUCAGUUGAUGUUGUAUCUCCUAAAAUGCUGAUAAAAGGUGCAGGAUACUCCAGCUCCGUAACUUAUGAUCCAAAAACAUAUUUUUUUACAAAGAUUGGAUCAAGUUUUAACCAGUUCUCAUGCAUGCGUUUACCAAAUGAGACAAACUCAAAAAAGACUAAGAUACAUUUUCCCAUUAAUCAUCUGCAAUCGAUAUUUGCAAUUGCUAAAAAGCUCCUUACAAAAGAAUUGUUAGAGUACUUGGAUGAUCAAGCAUGUGAUAUUUUUAAUCUUCAUCAACUUAAAUUUUUUGGAUAUAAAAGCUUUUCUGAGACUAUAAAUCUUGUUAUGGUGACACUUUUAAAGGAAAUACUAGAUAAUCAAAUUGAUCUACCCUUACCAUUUACAAAAGAUGUUCAAGAAUUCGUAAAAAGAUUAUUCUUAAUCGGUCAAACUGAGAUUCAAAAUAAACAAUAUGAUGUUAAUGAAAGGGAAAAGAAAGAUAUUGACAAUGGUGCUGUUAAUAGGUAUGGCAUGAACGUGAUGGCUAAUGCAGCUUGCGUUGAAUUGCUUGUAUGGGCGAUUGGCGAUGAAGCAGAGGCGGAUAAACUAUGUGGAAGGUUAUAUCAAAAACUGAAUUCUGUAUUAAGUCAUAAAAUAGUUUUGGAACACAUGCCUCUACUGAUAGUUUGCUUAGAAGGAUUAGGCAAAUUGGCUCAAAAAUUUCCUAAUAUUGCUGGCACCUCUAUUUCCUAUUUAAGAGAUUUUCUAAUAGAUCCAAGUCCCAUACUGACAAAAUUACAUGUUCAAGCUCAAGCUCAACAAAAAAAAGAAAACGAAACAAGUCCAACUUUUAUAAUAGUGAAUUCUCCAGAAGCUCAUUCAUCACAAACUCACAUGCCACACAUUAUACAGAAAUCAGCACCAACGGGAUUUGAAGUAUUACGUGAUUCAGCUAUUGAAAAUCUUAGCUUGGCUCUAAAGGCUGCCCACACUUUGGAUCAAUACUGUGUACCAGCUUUGAUUGCAAAUGUUUCUAACCGCUUAUUUACCGCUGAAAAGCACUCAAACGAAUCUACUCUUGUGUCGUCAAAUAUUAUUGUUGCGCUUGGAACAAUAGCAGUUGCGUUAAAAGAAACACCGAAGACCACACAGAACAUACUUCAGUUUUUUAUUCAGCGCUUCUGUAAAGUCCCAACAGAACAAAAUAUCUUGAUUGUUGAUCAAUUAGGAUGCAUUAUAAUUUCUAAAUGCGAACCACAAAUUUUUGAUGAAAUCAUGAAAAUGUUUUCAACUGUCAUUGUUCAAUCAGCCUCCUUGGCUUACAAUACGCACUCGGAACAAAGUAAACAGUACAACCAAAUAUCGGAUGCAGUAAUAAACGCUUUGGGAAAUAUCGCCGCCAAUAUUCAAGGAGAAAAUGACAUGUUGGAUUUACUAAUAAAACUCUUGGAAUUGUUUGUUCAGGUUGGUUUAGAGGGUGAAAGAAUGCAUGACUCAACGUCAGUACAUCUGAAAGCUAGCAGUAGUGCCGGAAACUUAGGCAUGCAGAUUCCCGUGAUAGCUCUUUUGAUUAAACGAUUACCUCCAAUAAAACAUCCGAAAUCUCGCUUACACAAGUUAUUCAAAGACUUUUGGUUGUAUUGUGUUGUUAUGGGAUUCACAAAUCCUAAACUAUGGCCAGCUGAAUGGAUUAAAGGUGUUAAACAAAUUGCAUCAAAGUCUCCACUAUUAAUAUCUCAAACAGCAUAUCGAUCCGAAAUGAGAGAGUUAAAUUACACAUCAGCUAUAAAAUCUAGCAAAGUUAGUUUACAAGAUAUGAGAGGGCAAAUAUUAGUCUUGUUAAACCAUCCAACAGGUGAAAUUGCUGUAAACAUAAACAAGUUGACAUUCGCACAAAGCACAUAUUUAUUGAGUGUAUAUUGGCUAGAAACGUUAAGAGUCGAAAACUCAGAGUACCCUAGUUUGGAGCCUUUAUUACAGUAUUUAUGUGAUGCAGCUCUUAUGAAAGAUAAAUAUGGAAUGUGGGCCUGUGUGCGAUGUAUUGGUGACCAGGUGUUUGAGAAAUUUUGCAAUGUUCUAAUUGAAAACGAAAAAAUCAGAGAAAACGUACUUGAGUCACAAGCCAUGCUUUUGCUUGUGUAUUUUAAUCAUAUUCAUAAACAAAUUCAAGUAGUAGCUGAUCAGUUUUUGUCCCAAUUAGUAGAUAAAUUCCCUCACUUAUUGUGGAAUAGAAGAGUUCUAUGGUGCAUGUUGGAUAUUCUUCAACUUUUAGCCUAUUCCUUAACAAUUAGUCCAAAUGAGGAGAUACCUACAUUACAAGUUAGCUCAACACCAUAUUCAUUGCAGCUUAUGGACUCCUUGCCAUCAAGAGAAAAUCGCUUUAAAGAUUUUGCUGAUCGUUGUCAAGGGAUCGUAACAGAGGCUAUGAAAUGGGCACCCAUAUCGACUAGAAGCCAUUUGCAAGAGUACCCAAAUCAAGUUCAAAUCGGUAAUUUAGCUGUACAUAGUGGAUUGUCGUUGGCGUUUGACUCUGUUUUGCACUCGUGGGAAACGAAUUCUUCAAAAACAAAUAAAAAGUUACAAAAUAGCGAGACAUCCCGAUUUGUAGCUGUUUUAUGCUUGAGAAGCAAAUAUGCAGGCGAAAUUUCUGGUCUUUUGUCCGUUUUAAAUGAUGAGGAAAAAAAUGGUCUCGCCGAUAAAUUAGUGUCAGACAUAUGGCAAGCAUGUGCCGAGAAAGAUAAUCUAAAGCAUAGAGGUGCAGUUUGGAGAGCAGCUGGAUAUCUUAUUUUGUGUUCUGGAAUCAACAGAAAACUGUUGCAUGCAAUAUCGACAUCUCAUGUAGAGCUAUUCACAACAGCAGCAAUGGAAACAUCUGUAGAAGUAUGGCAAUGGAUUAUAACGUCCAGACAGGAUUUAGAGUUGUGCUUUAUUCAAGAAAUGGUGGGAGCAUGGCAAACCACAUUCGACAAAAGAAUUGGACUAUUUACUUUAGAAACAAAACUGGCCAGCCCUUUGGCUGCAUAUGAUGGCUGUAACCUGGUCCCAGAAAAAAUUAAUAUAAUGCCACACAUUAUUUGGUUACAAUUAAUUUCGGAAAUGGUUGACACAGCCAAAUAUUGUAAUCGUGAUAAAGUCGAAAUGUUUUGUAUGCUAUUACAUAGGAGUUUACCUAUGACACAAAAUCCUCCUAAUUUUACACGAAAUGUGAUGACCGUAGGUUGUAGAUUCAAAUUCUUGCAAUGUGGAUUAUCUUUACUUCAAGGAAAUAUAAUAACGAAAUCCAUUGCUCGCAAUAUCUUAAGAGAAAGAAUAUACUACUAUGCAUUGGACUAUUUUUGUGCAGAGCAAAUGUGUCCGUCACAAAGUCGUGAUGAACUAUAUGAAGAUAUUUUGAUCCUCAUAAAGUUUUGGCAAACCAUGAGAAGUGAAAAAAAGCAUUUGAUUGCGUCGGAAAUGAGUGACUAUGAUAUGAAUCCCAACAAUCUGAAUGUUUCAGUUAAUAAGCAAAGCGACACUCUAUCAACAGCGGGAAGCGAAUUCGGUAGAAUCUCGAACACUGGUACAAGUACAGGAACAGGGUGGUAUAACACUAUAACGAUUCCUCAUUCAACCUCAACUCUAUCCAAGAAAUCUGGAAGUCGAAACAAACGUCUUCCAUUUUUAAAAGAUUCAUAUGACAGAGAUUACAUGAAAAAAAGAAAUCUGAUAUUGGAGCUAUUAGCAGCAGAAAUUGAAUUUUUAAUUAUCUGGUAUAAUCCUCUAUCCAACACUGAAAUGCAAAUCCCCGGAGAAGACUCGAUUAUGGAAUGGCGAGCAAGACCAGUGAAGGUCAGUAUGUGGCGAGACUAUACAAGAUUAGCUUGGGCUAACAACCCAGCACUUGCGGUCUUUUUACCCCAUAGAAUUCGUGUUGAGGUUAUUGAAGAGGAAAUCUCUCGUCUUGUCACUUGUGAUCCAAUGGCUGUUGCGCAUAUACCUGAAGCUCUUAAGUAUUUAGUAACUACUAAAGCUCUUUUAAAUGACACACCCGAAUUAGUGUAUAUGUUAACUUGGGCAAAAACAGGCCCAAUACAAGCAUUAUCUUACUUUUCGCGUCAAUUUCCAACCCAUCCGCUAUCAGCACAAUAUGCCGUUAACACGUUAAAUUCAUAUCCAGCAGAAGCUGUUCUACCAUACAUUCCUCAAUUAGUUCAGUCCCUCAGACAUGAUAGUAUGGGCUACGUUACAGAAUUUAUUAAGCAAAUUAGUACAAGGUCACAGAUUGUAGCCCAUCAACUGAUUUGGAACUCUCUUGUAAAUAUGUAUAUGGAUGAAGAUCAGCUACAUAAAGAUCCUAUUUUGUACGAUGUGCUUGAGAAUUUGGUGAAGACAAUAACAUCAUCAUUGUCAGGGCCUGCAAAAAGAUUUUAUGAACGAGAAUUCGCAUUUUUUGAUAAAAUCACCAAUGUAAGUGGAGAGAUCAGAUCGUUUCCAAAGGGUCCAUCCAGAAAAAAAGCGUGUUUAGAAGCUUUAAGUCGUAUAAAAGUACAACCAGGAUGCUACCUUCCAUCUAACCCGGAAGCUAUGGUGCUCGAUAUAGAUUAUAAUAGUGGAACACCCAUGCAAAGUGCUGCUAAGGCACCUUAUUUAGCAAGAUUUAAAGUAUAUCGGUGUGGAAUUACAGAGUUAGAACAAAUAGCAAUGGAUGUUUCGAACAGCACAACGGAGAAUUUCAAUGUGGAUAAAUUCUCUUUUGGAGCUGAAUGUUGGCAGGCAGCAAUUUUUAAAGUGGGUGACGAUGUCAGACAAGAUAUGUUAGCACUGCAAGUUAUUUCAAUAUUCAAAAACGUUUUUCAACAAGUUGGUUUAGAUUUGUUUUUAUUUCCUUAUCGAGUUGUCGCAACUGCACCAGGAUGCGGUGUUAUUGAAUGUGUUCCAAAUGCAAAGAGCCGUGAUCAAUUGGGAAGACAAACUGAUUCAGGGCUUUACGAGUAUUUUUUACAUCAAUACGGGGAUGAAACUUCCAAAGAAUUUCAAAUAGCUAGAAGUAACUUUGUUAAAUCCAUGGCAGCUUAUUCUGUGAUAGGGUAUUUAUUACAGAUAAAAGAUCGACAUAAUGGUAAUAUUAUGAUUGAUACUGAUGGUCAUAUAAUCCAUAUAGAUUUUGGUUUUAUGUUCGAGAGUUCCCCAGGAGGCAAUAUAGGUUUUGAGCCUGAUUUAAAGUUAACAGAUGAAAUGGUUAUGAUAAUGGGUGGAAAAAUGGAAGCUGCUUCAUUCAAAUGGUUUUGCGAGUUGUGCGUCGAAGCGUUUUUGGCCAUAAGACCAUAUCAAGAUGCAGUGGUCUCAUUAGUAUCGCUAAUGCUAGAUACUGGAUUACCAUGUUUCAGAGGACAAACAAUUACUCUUUUAAAACAAAGAUUCGUGGCUAACAAAAAUAACAAAGAAGCGGCUGCUCACAUGCUAGGUGUCAUAAGAAACUCGUAUCAAAACUUUAGAACAAGAACAUACGACAUGAUUCAGUAUUAUCAAAAUCAAAUUCCAUAUUAAGUUGUUGUCUUCGUUAAAAAAUGCAAUAAAAAUGCAAUAUAUGUAUGUUGACUUUUUUUUAGUCUAAAAUUCAAAUAAAACAGGA